UUAGAGCACACAAGAAAAGCUGGCAAGCAGAGAGAAGAGCAUGCAAGACAGAUUACGCCUGGGGCAUUUUACAACAGUUCGUCAUGGUGCUUCAUUUACUGAACAGUGGACAGAUGGCUUUGCAUUUCAGAAUCUUGUAAAGCAGCAAGAAUGGGUGAAUCAACAAAGGGAAGACAUUGAAAGGCAAAGAAAGCUCCUGGCCAAGCGAAAGCCACCAACUACAAAUAAUUCUCAGGCACCAUCUGCCAAUUCUGAACCCAAGCAGAGGAAAAAUAAAGCUGUGAAUGGGGCAGAAAACGAUCCCUUUGUUAGACCCAAUUUGCCACAGCUUUUGACUCUAGCAGAGUAUCACGAACAGGAAGAAAUUUUCAAACUUCGAUUAGGACAUCUCAAGAAGGAGGAAGCUGAAAUACAAGCAGAACUUGAACGUUUGGAAAGAGUUAGGAAUCUUCACAUCAGAGAACUGAAAAGAAUUAAUAAUGAAGAUAAUUCACAGUUUAAAGAUCACCCCACGUUGAAUGAACGGUAUUUGUUACUCCAUUUACUUGGCCGAGGUGGCUUCAGUGAAGUAUACAAGGCUUUUGAUCUUUAUGAACAAAGAUAUGCUGCUGUGAAGAUUCACCAGCUUAACAAAAGCUGGAGGGAUGAAAAGAAAGAAAACUACCACAAACAUGCCUGCAGAGAGUAUAGAAUACACAAAGAACUGGAUCACCCCCGGAUAGUUAAAUUAUAUGACUACUUCUCCUUGGAUACAGAUACGUAAGUACAUGAGAGUAUAUG